AUGGAAGCAUCGGUGUUCCCUACCGAAAACCAGAAUUUGGGAUCGACACCAGGCCCCUCACAAUCAUAUUAUGGACAUGGCAUACAUGAUCCAUAUGCGACUGCUAAUGAGUUCAGCAUUUACAAUAGCCUGAAUGAGCCCUUUACGCCGCAGUCCUCUUUGCCGAGCUCGAGUAAUCGGUAUACGAACGACUACCAAACCUUCUCACGUACUAUUGGAGAAGGUUUCAGUAACAAUUUAUCCACAGGCGAACAGCAAACCGUCGAGGAUCAAUGCUCUGGGGAUCACCCUGUCGAGCACGAUCACAGUGAGCCAAACGCACAUGGAAGCAAUCUAUAUGGACUGAACAAUGCCCUGGAGUGGCCACCCAGGGCAUAUGAAUCCAUUGAAGGGGAAAUGCCUCAUACCAACGCAGGUACAUGGACGGACGAGUCCAUUGCACCGGAGCAGCCGGCUCCAAGUACUUCCCAGGUCCAAGGCCACGUACCCAGUUGCAUGGGGGGCCUUGGUGUCAGCGUUACACACGACGACGGUGGCGGGUGCACGACCUCACGAGCCCAAGAUAAGAUCAAAAUCAAUACCGUGCUAGAUGUGCUUCAGCGCGGACCUGCAGCUACUGUAGGGAACGAGGGAGUCAUCGAAGGUCGAGCCGGCAGACUAAGGUGA